UUCAUUCACAAAUCGUCCUGUUUUUGAAUCGAUUAUUUGAACUCUGUUCUUUCUUAACUCAAAGUUGGGCUUGGACCUGUUAGUGGAGAUUUAUUAUCUGCUGAUCGACCCAUUUUCUUAUUGGUCAUUUUUGUUAAUUCAGCCAUGAUGAGGAGAGAUCCUCCUCCUUUGGACAUCGAAAGAAAGGGUUCCGGUCAUCUGAGGCGACGAGAUAAUGUGAUUCAUCCGGUGGAGGCAGAGACGUCGGCAUUAUCUUUGUAUUGGCAACGGCAAUUUCAACCUUUCGGGAGAUGGUUUCCUUGGUUGAUACCUACAUUUGUUCUCGUCAAUGUUACUCUGUUUUUUAUCAGUAUGUACAUUAACAAUUGCCCGAAGAACUCGCUUUAUUGUGUGGCACCGUUUCUGGGGCGCUUCUCCUUUCAACCAUUCAAGGAGAAUCCUCUUCUGGGACCUUCCGCAACCACGCUAGAGAAGAUGGGAGCUCUAGAAGUGAGUAAGGUGGUCCAUGAACACCAGGCCUGGCGCCUUUUUACUUGCAUUUGGUUGCAUGCUGGGGUUUUCCACGUGCUUGCCAAUAUGUUGAGUCUUCUGUUUAUUGGAAUUCGGCUAGAGCAAGAAUUCGGGUUUGUGCGAAUAGGGUUGCUAUAUGUGAUCUCUGGAUUUGGUGGGAGUUUGUUGUCAGCUCUGUUUAUCCAAUCAAGUAUUUCUGUUGGUGCUUCUGGUGCACUUUUUGGGUUACUUGGAGCCAUGCUUUCUGAACUCAUCACAAAUUGGACAAUAUAUGAAAAUAAGUUUGCAGCCUUGUUGACCCUCCUCUUCAUUAUUGUAGUCAAUUUAGCGGUGGGAAUUCUCCCACAUGUUGACAACUUUGCACACCUUGGAGGAUUUGCUUCAGGUUUUCUCCUUGGGUUUGUGUUUCUCAUUCGCCCACAGUUUGCAUGGGUUAGCCAAAGAAGUGGUGCUCCGAAUUGUCCCACAUCUUCAAUGAAACCUAAACACAUGAUGUAUCAGCAUAUAUUGUUGGUCCUUGCUUUGAUCCUUCUAAUUAUUGGGUUUGCUGUCGGUUCGGUUAUGCUCUUCCGAGGGGUCAAUGGAAAUGACCACUGUUCCUGGUGCCAUUAUUUGAGCUGUGUCCCUACUUCGUCGUGGAGCUGCAAGACAGAGGCCAUGUAUUGUUUGUCUAGUCAAAAUGGAAACCAGCUGAACUUAACGUGCCAAGGAAACGGGAGGACGAAGACUUACCCAUUGUCAAAUGUAUCAGACUCCCAGAUCAAGGCGCUAUGUUCCCAGCUAUGUAGUUGAUGGUACUCAUGUAUAUACGGUUGGCUUUAAGCUGGUAUAUACAACACAUUCGUUUAUAGAUUUCUGCUUGUGUUGUAUGUGGUUUAUUGUGUACAUGUUGGGACUUGGAGUAGUAUAAUCUGCCUAUUCAAAUUCCAUUUAAUAAUAAGCUGGAUUUUCAAAGUAAUCCCUAGAGUGUUUCAGUAAAUAAACUAGAUCACUUUGUGUU